AUGAAUUUUGAAGACCUUCUUUCAGAAAUCGAUGGCUUUGGAAGGUUCCAGAAGAUGGUUGUUUGCAUCAGCUUUUUGGGACGUUUGACUUUACCGUUUCACUUCUUGAUAAACAACUUCAUAGCCGGUAUCCCACACCACCACUGUGACAUCAGCGGUCUGGAUGCUGCGGGCGUCUUUGGGAAUCUGUCGGUGGAGGAGAGACGGACGGUCAGUAUCCCAAUGCAGGCGGAUGGGACGCUGUCUUCCUGCCUCAUGUUCCCAGAGCCCCAGUUCUACCUGCUGCUCAACACCUCCAGCAGCACCGGACUUCCUGCAGAACCGUGUCAGAAUGGAUGGGUGUACGACAACAGCACAUCCAUAAACACACUGGCUACUGAGUUUGAUUUAGUGUGUGAGAAGAAAGGACUGAAUGAAAUCACUACCACCGUCUUCUUUGUGGGGGUCAUGUUUGGAGCCAUGACCUUUGGUGGUCUGAGUGACAGGUAUGGACGCAGGAUAACGCUUCUGGUGUCGUACGUGUCGGGGAUGAGCUUUGCGCUGAUCAGCGUUUUCUCCACCUCCUACGCCAUGUUCGCUGUGCUUAGGCUCCUGAGUGGCUUCUGCCUAACGGGCAUCGUCAUUGUCACCUCCGUGCUCAUUGUGGAAUGGGUGGACAUUGAGAACAGAAAGCUGGUGGGAGUGAUUGACAGCAUGUCAUGGACAUUUGGAUAUAUGGUGCUGCCUCUGCUUGCCUUCUUCAUCAGAGAUUGGAGGUGGAUGAUCGUGACAGCCACAUCACCAGUGGCCUUAUCCAUAAUAUUAUGGAGAUGGGUUCCAGAAUCAGCUAGAUGGUUGAUAGCCAAUGGGCGGCUGGAUGAAGCUCAUCACUACCUAAAGAAGUGUGAAAAGAUAAACCGCCGGCUGGGAACCGUCUCCUCCAUCAAACCAGAUAGUCUCUCUAACGUUGGGGUGGCCAGUCGUGUGGGCAGAAAAUACUCCUAUCUAGAUCUGAUGAGAACUCCCAAGAUGAGGAAACUGGCACUAUGUACAGGUCUCACCUGGUACGGAGUUGCCUCUACUUAUUAUGGCAUCAGUUUUAACAUUACAGGGUUUGGAGUGAAUAUUUACCUCACGCAGUUUAUAUACGCUGCUAUUGAGAUCCUGGCUAAAGUGGUUGUGUUCUACCUUCUGGACAAGAUUGGGCGCCGUAAGACAGAAUGUGGAGCUCUCUUCCUGGCUGGGUUAUGUCUUGCCAUCACUGUGGUCAUCCCCAGAGAACAGCAGACGGUGAGAACAGUAGUAGCGGUGCUCGGUAAGGGGUGUUCGGCGGCCUCUUUUGACACCCUUGUUCUGUACAGCUCGGAGCUCUACCCAACCGUAAUCAGGCAGAAUGGCAUGGGCUAUAACUCCUUCAUGGGUCGUGUGGGGGUGGCGAUGGCCCCCCUGAUCCUGCUGUUGGAUGACGUGUGGUUGGGCCUCCCACAGCUCAUCCUGUCCUGCAUUGCAGUGGGGUCCAGUUUGGUGGCCAGCCGACUGCCUGAAACCCGGGACCAAUGCUUGCCUGAGACCAUUGAAGACAUUGAGGGAACAGGGUACCUCCUAACAUCACAAGUGGAAUCCCCUCUCCUCUCUGAAGAAAACGAAGACGGACUGAAUCUGAAUGAUGAAAACGAAGAUCCGCUCUAAAAUCUUUAGUUGUGGUGUUUCAAUUUCGUGAAAUGGAUUCAUAGCCAUUCUACAAAAACACUCACUUGUCUGUCCGUACAUUUUACAGGUCUGUUUAACUUUGAAAAACACUUUUGUUGUUGUGUUAGCGGUAGGCUAGUGGCCAAGGAGCUAGGCUAGCAUAGAGUAGCCUGGAAAGUUGGGGAUUCCAUUGGAUUCCACUGUUGUGCCCUUGAGCAAGGCACGUAACCCUUGGUUACUCUGGUGAGAAUGGCCCUUGUAAUGUAAUUCACAAAUGUAAAUCACUUUGGAUAAAAGCAUCUGAAUAAAUGUAAAUGUUUAGCUGUCUCUUGAACUAAUCUUGAACCCAGGAACCAAUCACAACUGCUUAUCCAUGUGCAGGGAUUUAUAUAAUGACAGACAGAGGACAUUGGCAUCAGGUUUGUAUACAACGGCUGCACUGAUAUUGUCACUAUGAAACAACACACACAGAAGUGUAUUUUCUUUUGCCGGGUACUGUCCAUAGGAAAAAUAACGACCAAAAUCAGUGCUACUGAACUGGAGUAGCUGCAGCUAAUGGCCAGUACUCCUAUUGAGCUACAAUGCUAGGUCAAAGUUUGUACUGUCACAUCUGCACACUACUCUGUUUGAAAAGGCAAACUUUGACCUACCUGCAGUCUAAUGUCAUUCAUUUCCCUUUUGCCUCAAAUUCCCUAAGAACUCUUCUACAUUUGGAAGCUAAGUGGUGAGUGGCCCUGUAACCACUACACCAACAGCCCACGGAAUACGAGAGGUGACUUGCCUCAGCAUCGUCUGCUGCCGGGGCGCCAGUGUUAGCCCCCUCCUGAAGAGCGUUGCAUGACCGCAGUAACAGGUCUAGUCAGUCUUGUGAUGGAGGCUUUCUUGGGAACUGGGACCAUAGUGGAUUGUGUGAAGCAGGAGGUCUCAGUAAUCCCCAUAGUAACUCAACACCUUUCUAUACCUGGUUUGUCUUGUACAUAGACAAAGUGUUUCACUCAUAAACUAGAAUUGUUUAAAACACUGCAAUGAAAGGAAAUGAUAAAUGUAAACAUGAAAUUAGUGGAUGGACAAAUCAUACAUCAGUAAAGCAUUGCCAUAUCAGUGAUAAUGUUUUGUUACCUGACAUCCUCUGGAGGAGAGGUUAUAAUGGUUUACAAAAGUCAAAUAUUGGUGGAUAACCCAUGCAUAUUCAUUUCAUUCUCAACCUUUGGAAUGACUGUCAUGGGCAAUGGUGUCAACCUACAAUUAACUAUGUGAAAGUUACGCAAGGAGAGAGAAAGAGAGAGAGAUAGAGAGAGGUGUCCUGUCAAAACAGGUGGAGAGAGAAGGCACCACUGUGCCCCAUUAUAAGAGGGCAGAGGUUUAGGUGAGAUAUUCUCUGAGAGCACAGACAUUAUUACAAUACCUGUCUGAUUAUUAUAAAACUGUGGACUACUCUGUUUAGCAUUUUUGUCACAAUGAAGUUUGAAGAUCUUCUCUUAGAGAUAAAUGGCUUUGGAAGGUUCCAGAAGAUGAUCCUUUGC